AUUCAAACUUUUCUGUCAGUCAAAAAUCGCCGCGCCAUUUUUGCGAGUAACCAAUGACAAAGCAGGGAGAGAGUGUGGGCGCGUUCGCACGUGUAUGUCAUGUCAUGUUAUAUUUCGAAUAAUAAACGAUAAUGUUUUAGAGAAUUACAUGUGUAUAAAUACAUGUGUUGUUUGGUAUAGUGUUAUGAUCGUUCAACGAUUACAAUCUUAUGCCACUGUUCUUAGUGGUGACUUCGCUGUUUUGCGGUUUUCUUUUGAGGUUAGAAGAACGAAUCCUCGAAACAUUGCCAAAUACUCCCAUUAUAUUUGAUUUAUGUAUGUGGAAGAUUUAAAGGGACCACAAAAAAUACGUGACAACAGAAUUUGGGUAGAGACAAAGUCGUGGCUAGUAACCAUCUGAUGACGUAUUAUUCUUGAAGCAGAGAGACAAAGAGAAAAAUAGAAAAACAAAGAAAUAGAAGGAGAGAAAACUAUAUAUAUAAUAUAUAUGUAUAUAUAUAUACAUACAUACAUACAUACUCGACUGCAUAGGUAAAAGCGGAGCGAGAGAGAGUGUAUGAGAGAGAGAAAAAUAGAGAGUUGUGUACGCGAGUGAGAAAGAGAAAGAACGGAGGGAGUAUAAGCAAAGAAGGAUGAUGAUGAUGAUGAUGAUGAUGACGAGGAGGGGAAUGGAUAGUGAUGGAGUGGGGGAAAAAGAGAGAAAGAGAAAGACGAUUUCUUGUCAAAUGCGCGGGCUUUUUUUCGGGUGUGGUAUGUGCGUGUGGUAAACACCCCUUAGUCGGUACAGCACCGACGAAGAAAGAGAGGGGAAAAUGCGAGUUAACGAAAGAAAAGAACAAACUUAUAUACGGAAAAGAGACAAGACAUUGACGACGACGACGACGACGACUACGGCGACGAGUUUGACGAGUGCAGGAGAUGGCAAAAUAGCCAGAACACGAGAGAGAAAGAGAUAGAAAGAGUAUGAGCAUGAGCAUGAGCGUAGCGUGAGCGAGCGUUAAGCAGCAGCAGCUAACGUGAGUGAGUGAGUGAAUAAGAUUAUAUACACAGUGAGUGGUGAAAUAUAAAACGAGAGAGCAAAUGCGAGAGAAAGAAAGAGAGAGAGAAGAGAGAGUGCGUGCAUACUUAUGAGUAAGUGAGAGAGCAAGCGAUUAUGAGGUUAGGUUAGGGAUCGUGGGGGAGGGGUAGAUAGAUAGAAAGAGAGAGAAACAGUUUAGUCAAGAGGAAGGGAGGCGGCAAGCUUCGCCAGUGGAACGAAGCGAGAACGAAAGCAGCAGCGGAAGAGCGAAGAGAGAAGGAAAGGAUCUCCGUCAAAAUGUCGCUGAGAACGCCAACGCGGAUACAGUGAUAGGGCUUUCAUCGUAUAUCACUGCGGUUUGGCGUAGUAUCGGCUGUACAUGAAGAAAAUGGUGUCUACGCGUCAAUCUAGUAGCAUGGGUGCACACAACGGAGGAGGCACUGUUAAUGACAUCAGGGAAGUUAGUCCGUUGAGGAAGCAUCAGGCUUCCCUUCAUGCAGGACCUUCCAGUGCGUCUCCUACAGUUACUCCUCCUCCGGUUUGCAACUUAGGCCUUUUUGAUUUACCAGUAGAAAUCAUUGAGAAGAUCUUUAGUUAUUUGAGCUAUAACACUGUAGCACAUUUACGUCCAGUUUCCCAUCAAAUGGACCGUGUUUGUGGAAACAUUCUUAAUUCGGCAUUUCAAAAGCUACAAGCACAAAUGUUGACCCGCUUUCAGUCAAUCAAAGCUCAAAUGCCUAGACGUGAAUCAGCACGUCGCAAUCAUCCAUUAGCAUGCGAAUCGGAUAUUGUAGAAACAUUACACAUGAGACUUACUUUACUUCAAAUGUGUUUUGGUAAACAUAUAGAGAGAAAACAUUGUUGCUUUUUUCCUGGAGAGAUUUUGGACGAAGUUUAUCGUAUAUUACAUUAUAUAAAGGUUACUCCAAAAUUAUCACGACCUUACAAAGUCACAGAUGAAUUAUUUGACUUAAGUACUAUGGCCAUGGAAUAUUUUAAAGAACGUAUCGAACCAAUGCUACCGGAAAUUCCAUACUUUGGAGCUGAUUUUCUGGAUUUAGCAGGGACAUUCCCUUCAGCUAGUAAUGUUAGUAAACCAUUUAUGUGCCUGGAUUCCGCACCCUUGAGUGUUGGAAGCAGUAAAGCAGGGAGUGGUAGCGGGGAGGAAGGUUCUCCUCCGCAUUCUUCCGAAGAUCCUGCUCUCUUAGAAACGAAUAUUUCACCUCCUCAAUCAAACAUGGUAUUACGUAAACGGAUUCGUAAAAUAAAACAAGGAAUGAAGAGAUACAACAGUCAGUUGACGUUGAUGCGUAGGGAUUUAAGGAGUUGUAAGGCGAAAAUAGCCGAGCAACAGAAACAAAUUGUAGAGUAUGCUACGCGUCUCGACGACAAUGACAAAAAGAACGAAGAGACAUCUCGCAAGUUUAGUACGCUCCUACAGGAGUUAAAUAAAUGCAAGACGGAACUUCAAUAUUGGCGGUCUAAGUCACCCGCGAUACCCGUUUGCGGUAAUUGCGGUCAAUCUAUGCCCGUACCGACUGAAGAUCUACAAGCUUUAGUCAAUCAAGGGGUAAUGCCAGAGGCAUUUGAAGAAGGAUUGGAUUUCAUUCCAAUAGCAGAUGAACACAGUCCUACGGAAGUUGUACCUUCAGCAACGGUUACGCAAUCACCAUCGCCUGCGGUGCUCUCGGAACCUGCUGAAAUGGCACCUCCUAAAGAACCUAUUAUAGCAUCGGAUUCCUUAAAACGAAAAUCUAGUGUGGACGAAAUACCGAGCGACGCUACGAAAAAACCACGUCGUACUGCCAAGUCUCGUCAGGCUAAACGCUCAAAGCUAUAAAUUGAUUCUGAUCAUGGUACAAAUCUCUAUUCUUAUAUCUCUGAUCGGUUUUUCUAAGAAGAAGGUAUAUUUCACAUUAUUAUUUUUCUUUAUUCUCUGUAUUACGAAAAAUCACAUCAGUGGCAAGUUCUGUUACUAAGGUAAACACACACACACAAAACACAACACACACACACACACAGAGAGAGAGAGAAAGAGAGAGAGAGAGAGAGAGGCAGGUGUUGGAUGAUCUUAGAAAAGUACAAAAUUCUUUCCCGAUCGUCCCACGACGCGCGCUUCGCAUGCAACGAACCCCUCUUUUCGAAAUUUCUAUAGUUCAAUUAUAUUCUUUUUUUUUAAUUCUUCCUAUGGAUGUAAACAGGGGAAGAGGUUGGUGAUUGAUGCAGUUAGCUUAAAAUUUAUUUAUUCUAAAAAAAAAAGAAACGAACGUCACAUGCUCUCGCAAUCACAACGUGUGAUACCUGCAUAUAUUCUAAAUGGUAUAGUACAUUAUUUCCAACAUUUCUCGUAACGCAAUGUCUAUCAUCUCUCCAAUCUUCUUUCGAAGAUUUCUUAGAGUAUUCUCUUAUUAUAUCAUUAUCGCCAUGAUAUAUCCGAGGAUUACGGAAGGCAUUGGACAUUUUGUUUGUCGAUUCUAAGAAUUAAUUUGUUUAUUUUUUAUUUCUCGACUCAUAGCUGUUUAACAAUCCACUAAUAAAACAACGUUACUCCUUGAUUGACUAAAGCCUGUAAAUCUUCCGUUGGUACGGGCAUAAAUUGUUAGACAUUGUUGGAAUGUUUGUAGAAUUUCGAAAGAUCAACAAACGAGAUCUACCUUCUGUUUUCCUUGGACAAGUAACGAACGGGCACGAAGUUCGUAUCUUGUUUUUAACGUGAUAUAAUAAUAAUAAUUAUAAUAAUAAUAAUAAUAAUUAAUAUGUUUCCGUAGUCUAUAUAAACUAAACACUUCAUCCCAAUAUUUUUCGUGAAAAUCGUCGUUAAAAAAAAAAGAAUAUUCUAACUGACGUGAUGGGAUGAUGUUUGGUAUUAAAAUUGUAUAAAAUGAAAGAGGAAGGAGAAGAAAAGAAGAAAAAAGAGAAAAGGAAGAGAAUGCUUGUAUAAAAUGUUUGUUAACAACACUUAGUUGUAAUUCUAUUCGGAAUAGAAAUUUCACGUUGUGCAUGGCUAUCGAGAUAUCGCCAGUGGUUAACAGUAAAUCUAUAUUAAUAUAAUUAAAUUAUAGUCUUUUUCUUGCGCAACAACAAAUAACGUGAAUAUCAUCGAGUUUGUAGGAUUUUUAUACGAAGUAAAAUAAUAAAAGAGUGAGAAGAAGUAAAGGGAGAGAGAGAGAGAGAGAAGAGAGAGAGA